AUGGCAGAUGAGGCUGGAAAUAAGCCGACAACUGAUUUCGACACCGCACUCGUCGACUUUGUGCAGAACAAUGUUACGCUUGACGUCCCGGCGUUGCUUGACGAAUUUCUGGAGAUCAAGUGCCAGACGCAGACGGUCGCUGCCGACAAAAAGGCCACCUACACCAAAAAUAAGGAGAAGAACCGAUCGACGGGCGUCUACUGCCUCGACGCGACGCGUGUCCACCUCCGAUGGCCAGAGGCUAUGCCCGACUACAUCCACGCAAACUGGGUCGACACACCCGAGCAGAAGAAGCGCUUCAUCUGCACGCAAGCCCCGAAGAAGUCGACCGUCGACGAUUUUUGGCGAAUGAUUUGGCAAGAAAAAUGCCCGACCAUCGUGAUGCUUUGUGGCUUAUUCGAAAAGGGGAAGCCGAAAAGCGAAAAGUACUGGCCCCAGAAUCCAGGGGAUACGAUGCGCUCCGGGCUGUUGACGAUCAAGUGCGUGAGCGUCACCGAGGUGGAGCCCCGAAUCCAGCGCAGCCGGCUCGAGGUCCGGCUCACAAUCUUGCAGUACGAUGGGAACCCCAAGCCGCACGUCGUCGAGCAUAACCUGUGGGGCUGCUGGCCCGAUCGGGGCGUACCCGCGGAUCCGCUCAUCUGCAUCCGCUUCCUCACCGGCCUAUCCCCCGGAAGACCUAUCGUAGUCCAUUGCUCGGCUGGUGUCGGCCGUACCGGGACCCUCGUCGCCACCGACAUCAUCUUGAGCGACUUGAACAAGGGCGAAACACCAGUGCUAGACACGGUGGUCCGUGAGCUGCGUGAGGCGCGUCACGGAAGCGUUCAGAUGGACACACAGUACCUCUACCUGGCGCGCUCCUUCAUGGCGCUGGCCGACAGCAGGAAGCUAAUCCCGAACGAUCAGCUGACCGAAUGGGUGGCCGCCUACGAGAAGCACUGCGCCACACAGGCCCACAACUGGGAGCCGGCCACCGUCGAGAAU